CUCUUGAAGAUAGAAGAUGGUUGGGUCUUAUUUUUUUAUCCAACUUGCUACUCUGUGCCUCUUAAAUGGGGUGUUUAGACCACUUAUAUCCAAGGGUGCAGUCAAUUUCACUGGGGCAAGGACAGGGACCUAUUGCUGAAAAAAUGAUCAAAGAUGCAAUGAAAUCAGGAAACUGGGUAUUUUUGCAAAACUGCCAUCUUGCUGUUUCUUGGAUGUUGGCAAUGGAAGAGCUCAUUAAAACCUUCACAGAUCCAGAUAGUGCUAUCAAGGACACUUUUCGACUUUUUUUAAGCUCCAUGCCUAGUAAUACAUUUCCUGUUACAGUUCUUCAAAAUUCUGUCAAGGUGACCAAUGAGCCUCCAAAAGGCUUACGUGCAAAUAUCAGACGAGCAUUUACUGAAAUGACACCUUCGUUUUUUGAAGAAAAUAUACUUGGAAAAAAAUGGAGGCAAAUAAUAUUUGGCAUUUGUUUCUUCCAUGCGAUUAUUCAGGAGAGAAAGAAGUUUGGUCCUCUUGGUUGGAAUAUCUGCUAUGAAUUUAAUGACAGUGACAGGGAAUGUGCUUUACUGAACCUCAACCUCUAUUGUAAAGAAGGAAAGAUUCCCUGGGAUGCACUGAUUUAUAUUACUGGUGAAAUUACCUAUGGUGGUAGAGUUACAGACAGCUGGGAUCAAAGAUGCCUUCGUACUAUCUUGAAAAGAUUUUUUUCUCCUGAAACAUUAGAAGAAGAUUAUAAAUACUCUGAAUCAGGUAUCUAUUUUGCACCCAUGGCUGACAGCCUACAAGAGUUUAAGGACUACAUUGAAAAUCUGCCUUUGAUCGAUGACCCAGAAAUUUUUGGAAUGCAUGAAAAUGCCAAUCUAGUCUUUCAGUACAAAGAGACCAACACUUUAAUCAACACCAUACUUGAGGUUCAGCCAAGGUCAUCUACUGGUGGAGAGGGAAAAAGCAAUGACGAAAUUGUUCAAGAACUUGUUGCUUCCGUCCGGGCCAGAGUUCCAGAAAAACUGGAAAUGGAGGGUGCUUCUGAGGGCCUUUUCGUCAAGGAUCCUCAAGGACGCCUGAACUCCUUGACCACUGUUCUUGGACAGGAAGUGGACCGGUUUAACAAUCUGCUGAAGUUAAUUCACACUUCUCUGGAAACACUCAACAAAGCCAUCGCUGGAUUCGUAGUGAUGUCUGAAGAAAUGGAAAAAGUGUAUAACAGUUUCCUCAACAACCAGGUUCCCGCUCUGUGGUCCAACACAGCCUACCCAUCCCUGAAGCCACUAGGGUCGUGGGUCAAAGACCUUAUCCUGAGGACCUCAUUUGUGGAUUUGUGGCUCAAAAGAGGACAGCCUAAGUCCUACUGGAUCUCCGGUUUCUUCUUUCCUCAAGGAUUUCUAACAGGAACUCUUCAAAAUCAUGCUCGAAAAUACAAUUUGCCUAUAGAUGAGCUAAGUUUCAGAUACAACAUAAUUCCCACCUAUCGGGAUCAAGCUGCAGUGAUAGAAGCUGCCAAGACAGUGCAAUUUGGACAAGAACUGCCCAUGGACAUGGAGUUGCCCUCUCCUGAGGAUGGUGUUCUUGUUCAUGGGAUGUUCAUGGAUGCUUCUCGAUGGGAUGAUAAGGAAAUGGUGGUAGAGGACGCAUUGCCCGGACAGAUGAAUCCAAUGCUGCCUGUGGUGCAUUUUGAACCACAACAAAAUUAUGAGCCAAGCCCAACACUUUACCACUCCCCACUUUAUAAAACAGGAGCCCGGGCAGGAACACUCUCAACCACAGGGCAUUCAACCAACUUUGUGGUAACCGUCCUCUUACCCUCCAAGCGGUCCAAAGACUACUGGAUUGCCAAGGGAUCAGCUUUGCUCUGCCAGCUGAGUGAAUGAAAAGGUGCCACCUCAGCACUAAAAGAGAACCAGGUCCGAGAUCUUUCCUAAUGGGAGCAAAAGAUUUGAAUAACUUAUAUGUGAGCAAAAAGGUGUUAAUUCUGAUUUGACUUAAAGGUAUUAAGUGUGACUUUUAUUUCUCUUAUGUCCUUAAAAUAAAGUGUUUGAGUUCUUUCUGUUGGCAA